AGCCUCAGUCCCGAUGCAUCGUUCACGUUUUGAGAACUAGCGCAACUACUUUAAGAAGGCAAGAAAUUAGAAGACAGCAGCAGAUGCAGAAGGUGGAGAAGUAGAACACAACGAAAACAAUAAAGCUAAAUACAAAAUCUAAAUCUUCAAAUAAACAUCAACCCAAAAGUUUGAGCGAAAAUGCAGGACGCUGACGUCAUCGCCGUGCCGGCUCCGAAUCAACGCAUUGUUCCACCGAUCUGCUACUUCUACAAAAUCGCUAAAUGUAGGAAUCCCAAUUGCCAAUAUCUGCACCCGAUUGGGAUGGAGGGAAGGGCGCUGGCGGGCAACCAGCAGAGACGGGAAGUACUAAUAUCUAUGUCAUGCACUAUGUUGAUGUUCAUUUUUUCCUGCGUUGAGUCUACUGACUGUAGCCCUAGCGGGUCGUGUUUUCUGUAAACAGUUUUGACAGGUCGUAUUUUGUCCUCGCAAGAAAGAACACGUCAAUCAUCAUGAUGAAGAUGAACAGAAGUUGUAGGGUCGAAGUAAUAUUAAUAUUUUUGCCAUGUAUGUGCGAAAAAUGAGUGAAGAUGAAGUUGUUGAAGUGACAUAUUAAUGUAUAAAAAUCGACAGCGCGCGAUUGCCGAGAUGAAACUGAGACGUAAACGGGAACUGCAGAAGAAAAUAGCGGUCGUGGGUGCUGCGAGCUGCAUGUUUAUGGUGCUUAUUUGGAGCGGGCUUGGACUAGGUCAUUUAGUACAGCCGUUGUCCCCUUUGGGGGCGGUAGUCUUCUACGCCUCCUUCGCCCAGCAGUGCGCCAUCGCCGCGGUCAUUCUCUGGCCGGAAUUUUUCGGUCUGCGACGCGCAUUGCGGGCCUGGCUGGCUACGGUUGUGGUUCCUAUUCGCUGGAGGUCCUGCAUGGCGAUGCUCAUUCGCGGCCCUCUACUAAUUUGAAUACUUUGCAGGGUCGGAAGACUACCAGAAGCGUGAAGCUUGACAACUAAGCGAGCCACCGCGCUAUAUUGGUUUGCAGCUUGCAAAUAAGUUUAGAAUAGAAAGCGAAAUACUUCUUUAGAGCGCGCGCACUUCUGCAGGACUCGAGCCGUGGGACAAAUUGGCUUAGACGAGCUUUUCGUACGUAGAUUUUUCCUUUCAAAGAAAAUGAGAAUAGAGUCGGCGUCAUGAACGAAAUAUGCUGCUACUUAGACAGCGCAAAACUUUGCUGAUUUUUUUGAGGGUAUCUAUAACAGCUAGAUACAGCAAAGUAAUGAUGAGAUGGAAAUUUUUAGGAGGAAGCACAAGCAGGCGGGAGAAUUGUUAUUGUUCAUCGAUAUUUUUCAAAAAGGUCUCUUUGAACGUAUAAUGACACCAGGAAAAGCAAAUACAAUUAGUUCUCCGUAUGGGUUUGGGUUCUUUUCGGAUCCACGCCCGUCGUGUAAGAAACGAAAGAACAACUACCACCCACGACGCAAAAGAGGGUACAAAAGAAGGAGGAGGCAAGAGCUACUCUUCUUCGAAACAAACAGAGUUGUGAGCCGAUAGGUUCCCGUUACUCUUACCAACAUCACCACAUUGACCGCCGC